UCCCAAAUCCUCCUCGCCAGGGACGGCAGCCUGGAGAGCAGCUGGAUGGAGCAGAGAGCCUAAAAAACUUCAUUCUGCAGGGGGACCUCUAGUGUUUUCCUUUCUCCAUGUCCUGGCAGAGUUCCUCCAAAGUACAAAUACACACAGAGCUCCCAUUGUUUGCAGCCCUUCACAAGCCCACUGAUCCUAAUAUGGAAUUCAGCAGGAAACCCAUGAUUUCCUGACACACAGCAAGCUGGAGAAAGAAAGGAAAAACUCCAUUUAAAACCUCCAGACUCUCCUCCAUGUAGAAAUGCAAUGGAAAAUGGAGUGGAUUUAACAGGAAUGCCUGGUUCCUGCGGCCAGGCUGGAGGAAGGGAGACGCGGAUCGAAGCCGCAGGCUGCUGAUAUUUUCUGAAGUCGCAAUAAAGACUGGGAACGGCCGGGCAGGAUGAGGAUUUCCUGACUGGGACAAACGAAAAAGGACAGAUCUCUCUCUUUUUCUGCUAUUCCUCUCUGUGUGUUUAAUUUAUUCACCUCGAUGAUCCUCUUGACUGAUCUGGUAACUGUUAGAAGCGGCUGUGACAGCCUGGAAACAUUAGUAUGAUUUCCUGAGCUUGAGAUUUGCUGCUCCCCCCCCCAACCCCCCUCCUUCUCCAAACUCAGGAAAAGUCAAUACAAUCGCACUUCAUUUUUCCUUCAUGUGCACUUGGAAGUCCUGGGAGCAGCCAGAGCAGCGGCAGCAGCAAGAAUGAACUGCAAGGAGGAAAAUGACAACUGCACUGACGGGAGCAGGAGCAACACCAAGAAGAUGCUGAAAUGCGUGGUGGUUGGGGAUGGUGCUGUUGGGAAAACCUGUUUGCUGAUGAGCUAUGCCAAUGAUGCCUUCCCAGAGGAGUACGUCCCCACUGUGUUUGACCACUAUGCAGUAACCGUGACUGUGGGAGGACAACAACAUUUGCUGGGGCUUUAUGACACUGCAGGACAGGAGGAUUACAACCAGCUGAGACCCCUGUCCUACCCCAACACAGACGUGUUCCUGAUCUGCUUCUCCGUGGUGAAUCCUGCCUCCUACCACAACGUGCAGGAGGAGUGGGUGCCUGAGCUGAAAGUCUGCAUGCCCAACGUGCCUUAUGUCCUCAUAGGAACACAGAUUGACCUCCGGGAUGAUCCCAAAACUUUGGCGCGGCUGCUUUACAUGAAGGAGAAACCACUCACCUAUGAGCACGGAGUGAAGCUGGCAAAGGAGAUCGGAGCCCAGUGCUAUCUGGAGUGCUCAGCACUCACACAGAAAGGCCUUAAGACUGUCUUUGACGAAGCAAUCAUGACCAUUUUCCACCCCAAGAAGAAGAAGAAGCGCUGUGCAAAGUGCCACAGGUGCUGCACCCUUGUGUGACGUCCCCUGGGAAGCAGAGCCAGCUGAGUUCAGUGAAACCAAGCAGGUUAGAAAGGCAAUGAAGGUCACACACAACUGAAAAGGGGAGCAUGACCAGAAAAGGGUCCUUCUUACCCAAAUAUAGGAGCUCUCCAUGCUGUGAAACCUCCAAGUUGUAUCACCCUUGGCCAACUCCUGUCUCUGUGCUUUCCUAACCCUCCAGAGCUGUUUUGCAGCCUGUUCCCACUGCUGCAGACUGCACCAACAGAAACCAGGAUGCCUGCUUGGCUCCUCACCUUGGGAAUAAGGUGAAGGUGGCUUGGGACAAAACAAAGAGCUAAAGACAGCAAAAGAAACAGGAGAAACUCCUUUUGUGGCCUUAAGUAAGAAUUGAUCCAAAUUAGGAAUUUGCAGUCCUUAGGAAUUGAAUCUGAAUUGACUGAAAACACAUGGAGAUCUGUAGAAAUCUAAUAUGUAAGAUAUACACUAUAGGUAGGAAUGUACUUUAAAAUUGCUUUUCUUUUAUAAGACUUGCUAGUUCAGGAGAUACUUUAGUUUGUUCAAACCACAUGGAAGCAAAGGUGGAGUGAUUCCAGUUUAUUUUCACUUAAUGGUGAAACUUCACAGCAUCAGGAUGUUGCUGCACCCAAGCUAUCAAAAUGGAUCAACAUUUACCUCCAGACUCAAGGAAUGUUCUUACAACUGAAAAAAAAAAUGCAAAUAACUGUAUUUUUACAAAAGAAUGUUCAGGCUGAGCCAUGUUUCCUUAAGCUGGGAAAGAAACUACAGAAUUGUAGCAUUAAUGUACUGAAACAAAGAAAUUCUGCCACCAAAGAAUGUUGCCCUAGACAUGAAAUAGCAGCACGGAACAAUCUCUCUUCCAACUGAGAACAAGAACGAGACAUAUUGCCAUGGCAACUGAGAAUUUACCUUACAGAUCAGCUGGAUUUCUACAUCUCACCCAACAGCCAAUAAUAGAAAAAAAAGCCAAAGGUCAUACUGACUUUAAGUGCUUUGAGGUGAUCCAAUUGCCUUAAAAUUAUCCUUUUUUUAUGAAGUAUUUCUGUAAAAAACCUCAUCAAAGUGGAGUUGUGAACUUGUUGACUUUUUGUAGCCUCCGCCCUCCCAUUCAUUUCUUCUCUCUAUGCUCCCAUUUUUCCAUCUCCACAGGGAGCUCUGUUCCACAGCCCUCAGGAGUGGACUUUUCCACGAGUGGCAGCUGAUGGGCUGCAGCCAAAAGCAUGGAGAUGGGACGUCCACAGGGGAAGGGAAGCUCCUGUGACCUCCCCUUCCUGCUGGGGAAAUUGUGCCUUGUCACUAAAGCAUGUCCCAGGACCCUGCAGUUUGCACAUGGCAGCAGACAGACACUCAGAGGUGAACUCAAGGGUGUCUUGUUACUUGCAGCUGCCUCUGGGUACCCAGGCAGUGCCACAAGACUGUCUUGUCCUGGAUUUCAGUCCCCAAGCAGGAAACGCCAGCACCAGCACACACAGAUUUGAAGAAGUAACUCCUUGCAGAAGCUGUGUCUGUAGCCAGCAUGUCCAGGAGUGCCAGGAGGGAGCAAGUGACAGCAGUGGGACAACAGUGCCAGCCUGGGGGCACAGGCCCUGCUCCCCUCUGCACCCCAUCCCAGGAGACUGGCAGCCCUCUCCCCUUGGGAAUCACAGUGCCCUGACUGAGAACUCUCCUGUCACCAGACAAACCAGGCAACUCCAGACCUGGUGUUGGCCAGAGUGACUGCAACAGGACCAUGGGAAUGGCACCCAGGGCACGUGGAAGGGACAAGCUUGGUGCAGUGCCCAGUCCUGCAUCAGGACCAGGCUCAUGGAUCUGAGCUCCUCCUUCAGCACUAAUUUCAUACAAUUGUAGGAUGGUUUGGGUUGGAAGGGACCUCAAAGAUCAUCUAAUUCCAACCCCAGUUUACUGUGGACAGCUACAGAAACCAGCUCUGACACCCCACAACAUUUCCAGGUAGAAAUCAACAAUUCUCUCUGACCAAAGCCAUCAGACUCGAGGCAAAUGCUUUGCUCUUAUUUUUACCCAGUGCCUUCCACUCACCAUCCUUUUCCUCUUGCACACAAACAUGGAUGAAACACAGUUGAGCCAUACCUGAGACAGAUAAGUUCCCCUCAUUUCUGGUGACUUUUUGUGCAUAUUUUCUGUUUGCUUUAUUAUGUCCCAGGUAUUUACUUCAGAGGGCCUGGCUGCUAAAACCCAGCUCAGAGUGAGGUGCAGGGGUCCAUGACGUGCCACAGAGUUUGUGUCCAUCCCCAGUGAGUGUUUACCUUAACAGGACACUUUCAGCUGAAUUAUAAUGUGUAAAAAUAUAUUAGAGGGAUAUGAGGACAACUAGGCAUGGAUUAAAUAAAUUAAUAUUUAGGCUUACAACAUGACUAGAAAUCCACUGAAACAACAACAAAAAGGCCUUGAACAGAUUUCAGGGGAAUUAUAUCUGCACUGCGCUGCCUUUUACUUCAGUGGAAAUUAAUUAGGAUGAUUGUUUUAGCCCGUGUAGGUGGCUGGAGAGUGAUGUGUGAGUCUCUGGUGGAAGAAGGUGAAGUCUGGUUUAGCUGAAGCACAAUGCAAGGACUCAGGCUGGAGCUGCCUGGUUUUCUUAGCGCUUAAAAAAAAGUGGAAAUAGAGGAAAUAGAAAAUCCGGAGUGAUGGCUGAGCUCAUCCUAAUGAGCACACUGGAAAAGUGAAAUGGAGCAGCCUGGCAUGCAGCAGGGAAUGCCACAAAUAAUCAGAUUAUUUUUUUGCCUGCCACAGAGUACCAGGAGUGAUUGUUAAUCUUAAUGGAAUGGCAUAGGAUCGGCAGUAAAAUCAAAAUCAAGUGUAACACUGAUGUAACUGCAGUGGUUUGAGGGAAACAAACUACAAAACAUAUGGUGAUGGAGAAACUAAAAUGCUGCUGCUCUAAUGUGUUAAACUGCAGCAUCCUGAACAAAUCUUUGCAUAGAGAAAGCAGAUAGAAAAGUGUUAAUGUACGUACAAAAAAAUGUUAGGGCUAAGCAGGCGUUUCUUUGCACUUGCAAAAUGGAACAUGUCAAGCUUGUGAGGCAGUAAAAUUUCAAGUUUUUCAAACUGAUUUUAACCAGAAUUUGAAUUCCGGAACCUGCAAGAGAGGGACAGUGAUCACAAUCCACUGAGAAAUGGCCUCUGCACUCCAUUUAUUUUAAUUUUUCUUCCAGCAGAAAUAAAUGUUUUUUGAAAAGCCAUGUUUAAUGCAGGUCCCAUAAAUAUUAUCCCUGUGUUAGGUUACGUACACACACCUGUCCAUGAAAUGUAGCAAUUUCUCAAGGAUCUGCCCUGUUACAUUAUUUUUUUGGGGGAGGCAGGGACAGCACAGGCCAAGAGGUUUUAGAAAGGGAUUGUAGGCAGAUGUAAGGAGAGUCAUUGACUAUCUGGCAAGUCAUACCUAAUGCCUUUUUUAAAAGCAGCAGAUGGUGUGUGAACAGGCACUAAAGCUUAUUUUCAGAAAAACCACAACACCAGACAUAGUGCAAGUGCAGGCAUAAGGCCACAGAUAUAAACUUCAAGUUAUUUUUCAAGCACCAUUAGUAAUAAGGAAAGAAAAUCAAUAAAGGACUGCCAGGUGAAAGGAGAUGGGUUUACUCACUGUGAGAUGAGCUAGAAAUCAGAUCCCAAUUUCACCUUAAAAGGAACACUGUUAAGGAGAGUCAUAAAGGUUAGAAACCAUCCCUGGAACUUAUUUGACAAUGUCCCCUUAAUGCAGCUGAUGUCAAAGCCUUUCUUGACAGAGCUGCCUUUGCUAAUAGUCUGCUGUCAUUUCAGAAGCACUCACAACUUACAGGAAACUUGCUGGAUCCUGUAAAACUCAUCUCCUUUGGCCUCUUCUGGAACCUUGCAGUUCUACCAAGAGUUCUUAACCUGAAGCUGCAGUUUGCAACAGAGUUCCCAAAGUAUUUUCCUGCAAACCCCUGCAAGGAGAUAUUAGAGGUAUUUGAGAGAGAUCUCAAUUCAUCAGAGAGUUGUCAUCACAUUAAAACCACCCACAGAUGCCUCUGCCCUUCAGAGCCCUGUGAAAACAACAGGACAGUGGAACUGGGACAGUCCUGCCACUUCCAGCAUGACUUGAAGGAGGUACCACAAAAACUCACAGACACCUUGUCCUGUGCCUCCCAGAGCUCUGAAAAGUUGGGGAGAAGGCAGAAACAAGGCUCUAACCCCACUCAGGUCCAUUCUCAUUUGUUCAACUGGAUAUACACCCUGUGUAGGUAGGUACCAAAUUCACCCCAAGUCCAGUACGACAAUCUAAACAAUCAUUUCUACAGCCGAUGUUGAUAUUUGUCACCUUUUUUCUCUUUUGAAGCCCUCAAAACAUUCAAAAUGGACACAAAAUUAAAUAGCAAAAAUACAGCACUGCAUCUUAAUAUGACAUAAAGUUAUUCCAAAUACUUUUAUUAAAGGGACAGAUUUUGGCAGUCCUCCUCAUACUGAAGAGAAUCUCUCUUCACAAGGAACUGUCUCCAAGUUGUUCAUGUCUCAUUCCAUCGCACUGGCACUGCUCAGGUCGUGAGGGAGGCUGGUUGGUGAUCUGUCCUUGCAGUUUAAUUACCAGAGCUAGCUGCUAGAGCUAGCUGCUCUAGUGGUGGUGGCCUGUGUUCCUUUGAAUCCCUUCAGGAAUGGUGACUCAAUCAUUUCCCUGGGCAGCCUAUCUCUCCCUUUAAUUCAUAUAUGAAUUAUGCCCAUCUGCUUUUAUACCUUGCUUAGAGCCCGUGACUUUUUCCUGUACAUUUUUCCCCCAAGUAGCAAAUGCCUCUUGACUCACCAUACAGAAACCUCAUCUGGAUUAAAAAUAAUCUGCAGUGGCAUCAAUCUGUCUCAGGCCAGGAUUGUUUAAAAGCACAUUUUUCUUCUCCCACAAAGCAAUCCAUAUGCUCAUGUUGGCCCAGGGACCAUUUAUUAAACAAAGAGGGAGAAUGUAGGAAUGUGGCUGCACAUGCCUUUCUCCAUUUAUUUUCUUUUUCCCUGAGGAGGACCUGUAAUGUUGUUUUAUCCUACAUUAAAAAAGGAAAAUCUGGAAAUAACAGAACAUUUUGUUGGUUCACAACUCUAUAGGACUGGAGGAGCAUCUGCUGUGACAGGAGGUGAGCAUGGAGUGACCUACGUCAGAUAACUUCUAGUCACAUUUGAGCUCUUUGCAAAAAUGAAGACAAAUUUCCACUAUGAAUGUUUAUUUUCCUCCUCGUGAAUAAAGACCAUCUGAAAGCAGGAAAAAGCCUCCCACUGAUUUCGGUAGUGGCUUGUGAUCUCAGCUGUCUUCACCUAUCAAAACAAAACAGGAAUAGAAAUAUUUUUGCAUCAAAAAGUCAGGACAAAAUCACCAAGUCAUGAAUGCAACAGAAUCACUUCUGCUUCGGGGGAGAGCUGCAAAAUCAGGGCCUAGAGCCACAAUUAGUCAGUUUGAUCCUAAACCAUAAAUUUCAUUUUAAGAUGUUAAGGGGACGCCCAUAACUAGAACAGCAACAACAAAAAAAUCUUCAAAUUCUCUUUUCUUUGUUUCAGUUAAAUCUUUCAGAAACAUGGGAACAAAACUCUGUUCUCUUGGGCAUUUCCAGGAGCCACACCAUAAGAGCAAAAAGAGUCAGAAGCUCAUUGUAAGAGGAGAAUUAGUUCAGAAACCCAGAGCAACAAGCAAACAAUCAUGUGAAUUGCUGUCAGUGGUGAAAAAUCUCUUCAACUUUGAAAAUAUGGAUCCCCAUCCCUUUUCAGAUUGUACAGACCAUAAUGCAGUGUUUGGCUGCUUCCAGCUAUAAUGGUAGGGUGGGAUUUUCAAAGAUGCUCUAUGUUGGCUUCAUUUCAAUUCUCAUGAAGGCAAUGGAAAAUUUCAAUGGGGUUUUCCACAUGACUAAUGUGGAAAAUGUUUGAGUCUUUAUGUUUCCUCCUUUUCUGACCUUUUAUUUUGGCUGACCAAGCUUUGAGCACACAGAUACACUGAGCCAGGUCCAAGAAUCCUUUAUACCUUCUAGCUGCUGGUUAAGGACCCCUGAAAGGAGUUGGGGCAUCCAAAAACUUUGCUGAUCUCACCUUUGGAGGCUGGAUCUGAAACAUUUCAGUUCAACCACUACUGAGCUGAAGAUGAAAGUUACAUUUUAUUAAAAGUGUAAUAUUCAAGACAUAUGGUUAUCUUUGCUUAAAGACCCUAAACUCAUUGCUGUCACUUAAUUUCAUCUCAUGCCAUUCAGGACACCAGGUUUGAUGUGGUUUUGGUGAAGAUCAUUUUGAGCUCCACUGAUAUCAACUCUGGUGAAUUUUAACUUUGAUUGGAAGCUAAUGAAUUCAGAGUAAACAGUUGUCACCAGUCUACAGUUUCCAGAUCUUCCAACACAACAUUUGUUUGUAUUGAUAACAUGCAGAAAAAUUUCUCUGAUGUCCGUCAAAGUAGUUUGUGGGUAAAUCAUAUCCAGUGUGGCCAUCAUGCUGUCCUUCUCCAGUAUUUUUCCCCUAAAUAGGCAGCUGCUCUAACUGCAUCACAGACCUGGCAGGCACUGAACUGCCCUGUCAGCAUGGAGCAAAUGAUCCCAAACUCUCCCCAAGCUUGUAAAUAUUAAUUUACUAGUAAGCAAUAACAAAAAGUUAUGUGAGAGGGGAAAGACACUGGCAAAGCCUUCUCCACUCACGAGCAGAAGUGACCCAAGCCCAGGGUGCCAGGUGGGAAAUGCUACAGUGGUGGACAUGGUGUGGUGGCCCUGAUGCCCAAAAAACAUGGAUUGAGGCUGGUGAAUGGGCUGGGAAGUGCCUCUGUGGAGUCAUACCUGGGGCUCAGCAGCACCUUGAGACUGGGAGGACUCAAAGAAGGCUUCAGAGGGGAGCAGGGAGAUGGAGUGUGAGGACAACUGAAUCCAGUUUAAUGUGUCAUGAUGUUGAUGCACUUCUACAAAUGCAAAAAUUUCACUGCACAGAGAUUCUCUGCUCCCCUGAGAACAAAAAGACAAGGACACUUCAAUCCAUUAUUUUUGUGCUUACUUAACAGUAAUACUUAAAAUUAUUCCUUAAUAAAUGCUCAAAACUAACAGUUCAACAAGUUAUUCAGAUUGAGUUUGUGAAGCAGAUGUAAUGACCUCAACACAGAUCAGGACCUAACUCAUCACCAGUCAGGUCUCAGCCAGUUAGGAGAAAGAGGCACCUACUUGAUGUGAGCAACUGAAUUUUUCUCUCCUAAAAGUUGCUGUGUGCAAUAUUGCUGGAAUAUGGGGCUGGUGAAACCAAAGGAUGGGCACUAAAACAGUAUGUCUGAUUUUUGUGUGGUAUAGCUUUUUUCCAAAGAUUAACCAAAUCUUCAGAAUUCAAAGCAAAACAAUUUCAAACCAAGGAAGUUCAGUUUUCAAGCAAAUGCAUUCUGCAUAGUUUAAAAUUCAUGUAAACGUUAUUAAUUUCCUAUUUAGAGCACAUAAUUCUGUACUCUUUUGUUUAUCAUCUUUUAAACAUGUAAUUACUGUAUAUUGUAAUGCACAUUAAUAUCAUUUAUUGUACAUAGUUUAUUUUAACAAAAUAAAUGUAUUUCAAAGUAUUUUGACAGCA